GUACUCGUGGCCUUAGAAAUCCAAGAUGGCGGCCCAGGUCGCUGAUACACUAAAAGAUUGUGCUACUAAAAUCACUUCUAGCAAAACUAACGAGAGAGUUCGUGUUUGCCGAGAAGUGCUCAUUCCGUGCAUCCAGAGAGAUGAUUUCACUGAAGUGUUUGUCAAAGCAACAUUCAAGAUAAUUUUCCUCACUCAGCACAGAUACAGAGAUAACAAAUCUCGCAAGGCUGUUGAGGAUGUUAUCAGGGCUCUAGCAGAAAAACAUGGUCUAACUGCUGUGAAGUGCUUUUCUUCUGUGUUUUCUGAUGCUGGAAACUCCAUCAAGAACUAUCAUUUAAGCCCCAAACUAAGUGCGUCAGUUCUGGUCCUCCUAAAAUGGUCUUGCAUCCUGGCAAGGGUGGUGUUUGUCAAAGCCGAGCUCUGCCAUGGGGACGAGUGGUUGAAUUUUGUUGAAACACAGUGCAUAGCAGCUUAUGGUGUGUUUGCUGCGGGGAGCCCUCUAGUGUGCCAAGCGGCACUCAGGAAACUCAAAGGAAUAUGGAGUCAGGUUCAGGGAAUCACCGAAAAAUAUGCAGAAACCAUGGUCCAGCUGAAGCCUUCUCCGUUUCUGCUGUGUCUGGCUGGACUUUUGUUCACAUUCUGUACAAAGAGCAAAGAGGAUCAACAAAUAAUAUCAAAAUACAAGAAAGAACUUCUUGAUGUGUACUUAAAGACUGUGAUCAUGAGCAAAACCAAGCAACCUACACCAGUAUUGGUCCAGAGCUCCCCUCUUCUGUGUCAUUGUACCCAUGACGACUUCAGUGGAAUUCUCUUGCCAGCAGUGCAGAAGGCUUUACUCAGGAGCCCAGAAGUUGUGUUAGAAUGCACUGCCCACCUAAUGUCAUCGAUGUCCAUUGAUUUAUCCAAGUAUGCAGUGAGUCUAUGUAAAAGUAUAUCUGGGCAGCUACGAGCCAAAGAAGAGAUUCACCGGCAGCAGGCAAUCCAGUUUUUCAAGAAUCUCUCAAAGCAAUGUAGUGAUCCAGCGGCUGUAGAGGAGAUGCUAAACUACCUCUUUGGAGUUCUGUAUGGUUCUGAAGGCAAGCUGACAGUCUGGAGUGAUCGGAUGACUGUAUUGGAAGCUGUGCAGGCAUUAGAGGGCUCAUGUAGUAGUGGGAAUGAGUCCAUGGAGAAGUUAGCUGGCAUUGUUGCCCAAAAAAUAACGCAAUUUCUACAGCAGGAAGUAAAUUUCACGGCUCUGGUCCAUGGGCUGGGUGUUUUGGCCUGCUGGUGCAAGUAUUUUACCUCACAUGUACCACCUUCUCUCAUCGAGACAUUCCAGAAAGGGAUGGCCAACAAGAACUCCACUGCCGCAAUUCGAAGUGCCUACUUGAAGUGUAUGGAUAAUGCUUUGAAAGGAAACACCCUACUUCAGGGCAUGGACAUUCUUCCUCAACUCCUGCAGGCUGUUGAGCGUGCCAGUGGACAACCUCACCAGUCCCAAGUUGUUAGCGAAGGGCUAGUUGCCGCCUCCAUACUCAUGCGCCUGUCGCUAGCAGAUGUCCAGGCAGAGACCAAGAUUUCUUCAUUGUGGCCCAUCCUCCUUGAUGCCAAAAAGCAAGUCUUUGUCUCUGAGAAGUUCAUGGCUGCAGCAUCAGAUGACACCAUGCUCAUGCUGCAGUGUGUGAUUGAGAAGCUUUUUGUCAGCUUUUCCUCACAACUCAGCAAGAACAACACUCAUCCUUGGUAUCGAGCACUGAUGGCACUGAUGACCCACACAAGUCAUGAAAUUCGGCAGGCUUCAUGUUCCUGCAUCCAUAGACUAUUUAGCCAUGGUGGUCUGAGUGUAGUGGAGAUGCGAACAGCCUUGUUAGCAGAAUUCACCUCCCUGCUCUCCAAACAACAGGCAUGUCCCUUAAACUCUGCUCCUGUACUCAAUGGCGAUGCAGAUAGUGAAUCCACUAAGGCUGUCAGCCCCAAGGUUUUGGUUCAUGCUCUGCUAACCCUGGCAGUGUCUAAGGAGAGCUUGGGGAUGAGUGAGAGUGACAGGGAAGGCAUCUGCAUGGCAGUCCUGCAGGACUGUCACCAUCCAGUUCUAGCAUCGUACAGGUCAGAACUGUGGGUUGAUAUUGGCCGGAAGAUGAGUCUGGAUGUUAGCUCUGUGGCUGAAAAACAUCAGGAGGACAUACAGAACAUAAUCCUCUCUGGAAAACCUGAUCAACAGACAUGCAAGAAUAUCCUGUCCACCAUGUCACUAGUGUCACCAUCAAAUAUCUUGCCCAGCAUGGUAAAGCACUUAGUAACGGGUCUGACCAAGCCAGAAUUCUGCCAGGUCACAACCGAGGAAUAUAAUAUCCUGAACACACCUGAGGGAGAGAUUUAUGACAAGUCCAAACUGGAGAGUGUAAAGCUCACUGUGUCAGCCAGCCUAAAGAAUAUGAAGAGGGAGUCCAAAGCUUACUCCUAUGAAGAGCAGAAAGCAGAGCUAGAACUGCAAGAGGAAAUCAAGAGAAAAAAGAAAUUAGAAGGCAAAUUGACCAUGAGGGAUGAGAUGAGUGCUAAGGAGAGAGAGGUAUAUGACAACCAGCUAAAAGUGGAGGCCGAUGUACGAGCUAAGAUGAUGGAGUUAAGAGAUGAAAUCACACAGAUUGCCUCCCUUCUGGUGGUAUGUAUUGACUCCAACCCGUCAGUCAUGUCUCGCCACGUCCCUACCACCCUUCAUGUGUUAUUGUCCAUGCUGAACUCCCCCCUGGCUGCUCCAGUCCUUAUUCCAGUCAUCCUGGAGUUGAGGAAGUGUGUAUUUGACAAAGACAUACUGCACAUAGGUACUCUCGUAGCCUACGUCACUCUCCGUGUCAUCAAGCCAUACUGCCCUGUCGACCCACACUGGUGUGCAGAGCCCCUGCAGACAGCAAUCAAGCGAGCUGUCUCCCUUCUGCACAUCCGUACCAUCCCAAAAGAGGAUGGCAACGAUGAGGAUGAGCCACUUAAAGCCACUGCAUUUGCAUACUGCUUCCCCCUGCUCAAGGCAGUCCUGCGAUGUGGCGGUAAGGCCGUCUCAGGAGAUGAUGAACUGAGGAUCAUGGCUGUCCAGGUGUUGGCCAGGCACUGCAAGCUGAGGAGCGAGGGCGAUGAUGAGGAUGAGUGCGGCCCUGAAUUCCUCCCUAGGGAAGACAUGAUCAAUCUCCUCUCGGAAAUGAUCUCCACCAGCUCUGACACUAUCUUGGGUUCACGUCUUCAGCAACUGGCCUCCCUGAGCCUGACAGACCUCUGCCAGUCAGUCAGCGGUGAUGAGGGAUGCGCCGUGGCCGAAACCGCUGAGCUAAUAGCGCUCAUGCACUGUUUGGAGUCAUCCGCUGCUACGUUGCGGUUUGCGGCUCUGCAAGGUCUACUGCGCAUGACCAUGGUCCUGCCCCAACAGGAUGAUGGAACGGCUGAGACAGCAUUAGUUGUUCGUAGGGUCUGGGUUGCACGGUUUGAUGUGGACGAUGAAAACCGAGAACUGGGAAAGAGGCUUUGGGAUGAGGCGCAUUACGAGUCGCCCGAGUCGCUCUGUAGCGGACUGCUACAGGAUGUCGUCCAUGAUGUCUCAGUGGUGCGCGAGGCAGCUUCUUCAGCACUCGCAGAAGCCAUUAGCCGCCAACCAGACCUGGCCACACCUAUACUUCACGAACUCACACAGCUCUACGGGGAGAAGCUGAAGAUCCCACCCCCAGUGUAUGACAGCCUAGGCCACAUCAUCUCCGAUCCCUUCUGCGACCCAUGGCCUGCUAGGGCUGGGAUAGCCCAAGCCCUAGGCAAGCUUUCGCCCUCCCUGGCUGAGGAUCAGGUGUCUUCGCUGUUCAACUUUUUUGUACCAACCGGUCUAGGGGAUAGACACGAGGAAGUGCGCAAGCACAUGCUGGAGGCCGCUCUCAAGUGUAUCAAUGACCACGGAAAGGUCAAUAUCCACUUACUGCUGCCUGUAUUUGAGGGAUUCCUGGAUAUUGCGCCAGACACGUCUGCGCAUGACACCAUACGGCAGUCCGUGAUCAUUCUGAUGGGAUCGCUGGCUCGCCAUCUUGACAAAGAUGAUCCAAAGGUGAAGCCAAUUGUCACAAAAUUGAUCGAGGCGCUGUCAACGCCAUCACAACAGGUGCAAGAAGCGGUGGCGAACUGCCUCCCUCCGCUUGUCCCUGCAAUCAAAGAAGAGGCCCCCGACUUAGUAAAGAGAUUACUAAACCAGUUGUUGGAGUCCACUGCUUACGGGGAACGCAAAGGCGCGGCGUAUGGUCUGGCUGGAAUCGUCAAAGGACUGGGAAUACUCUACUUGAAGAAGCUCAAUAUUAUGACCACGCUACAAGACGCCAUUCAGAACAAGAAGAACUAUAGACACAGAGAAGGUGCCUUGUUCGCCUUUGAGAUGCUCUGUACGAUGCUUGGCCGGCUUUUUGAGCCGUACGUAGUACACGUCCUUCCGCACCUACUGCUCUGCUUCGGUGAUGGCAACCAAUACGUCCGGGAGGCAACAGACGAGACAGCCCGUGCAAUCAUGAAGAAUCUGAGUGCACACGGUGUCAAGCUUGUGUUACCAUCACUACUUGCUGCCCUGCAGGAAGACUCAUGGAGAACUAAAACUGGGAGCGUGGAGUUACUUGGCGCUAUGGCGUACUGCGCCCCAAAGCAGCUCUCCUCGUGUCUCCCAAGUAUCGUCCCCAUGUUGUGCAAGGUGCUGACAGACUCGCACAUCAAGGUGCAGAAGGCUGGCGCCCAGGCUCUUAAUCUCAUCGGCUCGGUCAUCAGGAAUCCCGAGAUCCAGGCUAUCUCAUCCGUGCUGUUAGAAGCUCUUAUGGACCCCUCCACCAAGACCGCCACAUGUCUACAAGUUCUGCUUCAGACCUCUUUUGUGCAUUUUAUUGACGCGCCUUCCCUUGCCCUGAUCAUGCCCGUGCUGCACCGCGCCCUCAGCGAAAGAUCGACUGAGACUAAGAAGAUGGCGGCUCAGAUUAUUGGCAAUAUGUACUCACUCACGGAUACGAAGGAUCUAGCGCCAUACUUACCAUCGGUUGUACCGGGUCUCAAACAGUCCCUACUUGACCCUGUGCCGGAGGUCCGUGCGGUGUCGGCUCGUGCUCUCGGCGCUCUCGUCAAGGGGAUGGGUGAGGAGAGUUUUGUGGAUCUGCUGCCUUGGCUGAUGGAGACUCUGACGUCUGAGAACAGCAGUGUGGACAGAUCAGGAGCUGCGCAAGGUCUGAGUGAGGUCCUAUGCGGUCUGGGUGUGGACCGACUAGAAAAGCUGAUGCCCGAGGUGAUUGCCACAACAGGGAAGUCUGAACUAUCGCCGCACGUGCGUGAGGGUUAUCUCAUGCUGUACAUCUACCUGCCGACCACCUUCAAAGACGCAUUCAUACCCUAUGUGGGGCCUAUCGUGCCAUCAAUACUCAAGGGCCUUGCGGACGAGGUAGAGUUCGUCCGCGAUACCUCUUUGCGCGCUGGUCAGCGUAUCGUGAAUGUAUACGCAGACACGGCUAUUGAGCUGUUCUUGCCUGAGCUCGAGAGAGGUCUGUUCGACGAUAACUGGCGCAUACGUCACAGCUCAAUCCAGUUGCUAGGCGACCUGCUAUAUAAAGUGUCAGGCGUUACUGGCAAGAUGACAACCGAGGGAGACGAGGACGACAACUUCGGUACAAGCCAUUCUAACCAGAAAAUUAUUGCUGCGCUGGGACUAGAGCGCCGUAACCGGGUGUUGGCCGGUUUGUACAUGGGACGGUCCGACGUCUCGCUGAUCGUCCGUCAAGCCGCUCUACACGUCUGGAAGGUCGUCGUCCCCAAUACCCCUCGCAUCUUGAGGGAGAUCCUCUCCACACUGUUCUCCCUGCUACUGGGAUGCCUCGCUAGCAAGAGCUACGACAAGAGACAGGUCGCCGCCCGCACACUGGGUGACUUGGUCCGCAAGCUUGGUGAGCGUGUGCUGCCCGAGAUCAUCCCGAUACUCGAGAGAGGUCUGAAGAGCAGCAAAAGCAACGAACGUCAAGGCGUGUGCGUAGGGCUGAGUGAAAUCAUCGGAUCGACAAGCAAAGACCAGGUGACCCAGUACGUCGACUCUCUCAUCCCCACCGUGCGCCACGCCCUGUGUGACCCGCUCCCUGAAGUACGCGCAGCGGCCGCCAAGACAUUCGACAACCUGUACCACACGAUCGGCCACAAGGCGCUAGAAGACAUCUUGCCCGAUCUUCUAGUCAAAAUGGACGAUCCAGCCAUGGCGGAGUACGCCCUGGACGGGUUACGCCAAGUUAUGCAGAUCAAGAGUCGGGUUGUACUGCCCUUCCUGGUGCCCAAGCUGAUCACGCCGCCUGUGAAUUCCCGUGCACUGGCCAUCUUGUCUGCUGUAGCUGACGAGUCCCUCACGAGGCAUCUGAACAAGAUCCUCCCAGCUCUGCUGAACGCCAUGCAGGAGUCCCAAGGCACAGAGUCCCACGAAGAGGAGCUUGAAUCCGCCAAGAAGCUUGUCCUGUCUGUCGAGGACGAUGCUGGUGUCCGGACCGUUAUCGAGGAACUGAUUGAGUCUUCCAAGAACUCCAACCCAGGAAUACGCAAAUCUGCUGUCACUUUACUGCACACAUUCUGUAGCGAGACGAGCAGUGACUUCACGGAAUUCGUGCCUAACCUGUUCCGCUACUCCCUUCACCUCAUGAACGACACCGACAUAGACGUGGUCACAGGAAGUUGGGAUCUUCUGCAAGCCGUCACCAAGAGUCUCGAUGCUAGUGAUCAGCUGUCAUACAUCGCGCCUCUCAGGCAGGCCAUCAAGUACGUGGCGGAUGAGGUCAAGGGGGAUGAUCUUCCUGGCUUCUGCCUGCCAAAGAAGGGUAUAACCCCUGUCCUGCCGAUAUUCCGUGAGGGGAUCCUGAAUGGCACCCCUGAGCUGAAGGAGCAGGCCGCGUAUGGCCUGGGCGAGGUCAUAAGCCUGACAAGCGCUGCAGCCCUCCGACCAUCUGUGGUUAACAUCACAGGUCCUCUCAUCCGUAUCCUUGGCGACCGCUUCAGCUGGAACGUCAAGGUGGCAGUGCUUCAGACGCUCGGAUUGCUGCUAGGAAAGGUCGGUGCGAUGCUGAAGCCGUUCCUACCCCAGCUCCAGACCACCUUCAUCAAGGCUCUCAACGACCCCAACAAGACAGUACGACUCCAGGCGGCCGCCGCACUGCAACAACUGGUGGUGCUGCACACACGCGUGGACCCCCUGUUCACUGAGCUACAAAACGGCGUGAAGAACACCGAGGAUGAUACUAUCAGGGAAACGCUACUUCAAGCACUGCGAGGGGUGAUCGCCGCCGCGGGGCAAAAGAUGGGCGAGGCCGUGCGCAAAACGUUGACGGCGACACUGUUGAGCUUACUUGGUCAUGGAGAGAAUAGCAUCCGCGUGGCGGCGGGGGGGUGCGUUGGCUCGAUGGCGCUUAUCGUCCCUGACGAAGAGCUGGAUGGUAUUGUCAAUGACAACCUUACAGUUAACGACCCAACGGUUGAAUGGACCUUGCGCCACGGUAACGCAAUUGCAUUGUCAGCGGUCUUACAUGACGCACCUGAUAAAGCCGUUGCUUGUGGUCUAUAUGACGUCAUAACCAGCACAGCUGUGACCCAUGCCACCACGGACAGGAUCCCUACCUGUAGUUAUGGUGUUCGUUCCCUCGGUUUCAUUCUUAGUCACUCGAGCAAGCAGUCCCAGCCGAUAGCACCCAAAGUCCUAUCCACGCUCGCCAAGAAUAUCCAAGAUGGCGCCAACGAAGUGCGCAUGCUCGGUGCCAGUGCUGUGACGUAUGCGGCGAAAUCCGUAGACAGACCGCUGGACUCGAGUGCGCUGAAGGCUCUUCUCCCAGCACUUGUAGCGUCUGCGCGAGAUAAGAACACCGGAGUGAAGGCGUCCGCUGAACGGGCGCUGGCUCAUCUACUCCGGCUGGGGGCUGGUGACGAGACUUUACAGGCGAGUUCCAAGCUUCUGGACAAACCCACAUCCGAGACCCUUGCAGAAAUCACAAGAAAGACACUGCGUAAAAUCGCCGCUCAGCAGGAUUCUGGGAUCGACGAAAUGACAUCACCAUUCACCAUGGAAAUGGGCUGACAUUAGCUGCAAGAUAUAGGAAUUGUGAUAUCGAAAGAGUAAUAGCUGGUCCAUCAUGUCAGGAGUAAUACGCCAUUAAAACAGAAGUAAUUGAUUCCAAGUAA